AAUUCUUCUUCCUCUUUUCUCAUUCUGAGUCCUUUCCUCUCCCUCCCUCCCGCCUCCCUCCCUCCCGCUCAACCUUUCUUCUCUCCCUCUCCAAAUCGAAAAUCGAAAAAUAGAGUGAUUUCCCCUUUUCAAUUUUUUUACCCCUUCUAAGCCUUUCUCUCUUAAAAAAGUAAACAAAAAAAAAAUUAAAAAAUUAAUUAUCGGACGGUAUUCUUCAUUGAAUAAGUCUGCUUGCUUUGGGCUGUUGUGGGUAGCAGAGCGGUAGGGGGAAAAUCUUGCACCUUGCGGCGUCGAAUCAUUGCCCAGCUAGGAUCCGCUUGUCUGUCAACCUUUCUCCCUCGAAUAAUAAAAACCGUUCCACAACCCCCAACCUCUCACAACCUCUUCUCCUUCCCACUUGACUGUCGGUUGGAGUAUCGAAAGGGAUCCCGGGCGGCAGAAAAGUAAACAGCAACAACACCCAGAGGCACGAUCAAAGGUUUCUCUCUCUCGACUACCGGUAAUCAACUACCCUCUCGGACAUAUUUACGGUUCUCCUUUACGUCUUUUUUUCGGGGGCGUCGUCACAUUCACGUUGCUGCAUACCAUCGGCAUUUCUUCGCUUUCAGUCACGACUUUUCUUUGGUUUUGAUAAUCAGCGCCACGAACAUCAUCCUGUCUCUGCUCCAUCUUAAUAGAUUUUUCUUCAGAAUAUAGCGAAUCGCGGACCUAUUAACUUAGCAUUUCGUCUUCGCACUCCGGCGCUCGCACUUCCACUUGCCUUUUCUUUUCUUUUCUUUUUCUCUCUUUUUUCAUUGGAGUUCUAACUUCUCAUCUCGAAAGCCUUUUAUUUUAACAUUACAAAACGCAACUUUGAAGGGUUUAGCCUUUUGGUAUCCGUCUAGCCGUUUUCUACUUCCUGUUUGUCGUCUUGCGAUAAACCUUCGACUCCAGACCUUUUCGACUUGACGAAGCACACCAUCACAGUCACCCGAUAUCCAACAGCCGUGUUUUUGAAUGGGCAAUCGAGUUUAAGUUUUGCACCGCAAACUUAGUUCUUUGCACCUACGAUCCGUCGUAGCUUACGCAUUCUUAGUCAAGGAAGGAGGAAAAACAGACUGACGGCAUACUCUCGACCGCGCGGCUUCUUUCUACUACAAACCCUCGAAUCUUACCAUGCCCUGCAUGUUUACUCCUCAAUCUCGCCUCCCGCUCACGCCUCCCGAUUAUCUUCCAUCCUAUGGCGGCUGCAAUGGAGGCAUCCAGCUCAAUACUCAUCAGUUCGCGAUGAGCUCGCAGGGACUGGCGAUGUCUGAGAAAGGUGCCGUCUAUGACCAUAAUCUCAUGGAAACUUAUUGUCGGAAGCAGAUGCCUUCGUAUUCACAUGCUCCUGGACAACCAUACCCUGUUUCACAACAGCAGGGCAAUUAUUCCGGCCUACCACCACCCGGUUUGACCCACCCUGCUGGUCGGUACUUUCCUGUGCCGGCAUUGUCGCUACCAAUGCCUGUGUCAUCUGGCCGACGAUUGGAAUUGCCGCCUCUUGAGGAAUCCUUUCGUCACAGACAGGAGCCAAGAAAGCAGGAGCAAUCUGUGCAUCAGCCUGAAGAGAAACCUGUUGGUGGGGUAUCUGCCCACUUAGAUUACGAUAUGGAGGAGAUGACGGAAUUUGUUGGCGUUAUGGCUCAACAACUUGUUUAUCAACGUUCUGUUUCGGACCGUGCGCUACCUCAGCAAUUCCGUAAAUUUGUCCUUCAAAUUUUAUCCUCAACACGGUUGCCAAGUUCAACCAUUUUGCUAGGUCUAGUUUAUCUGCAGAGACGAAUGGCCAAGCCUACCCCUACCGCGUUGCGGCAUGAUCACGUGUAUCGAAUGAUUACAAUCGCUCUUCUACUCGCAAGCAAGUUUCUGGAUGAUAACACCUUCCAGAACAAGUCUUGGUCUGAUGUCACAGGUCUCCCUGUGGACGAACUCAACACUUUGGAGAAGGAUUGGUUGAAGGAGAUAGGGUGGGAUUUGCAUGUUGAUCCCGAGGGAACUAAAGGGUUCAGCCAGUAUACAACAAUGUGGGAAACGUGGGUUAGGAAAAACGGGACAAAGGCGGCCAUUCCGGCGCUUGCACCCAUCAACACUAAUAUUCGUCACCACCAUCGCACCGAGUCGACGUCAUUCUCACCUUUGUACCCGUCCUCACAGGCCUACCACCCCUUGGGCAUAUUGAACGAUUCUGCCCUGCACCUACAGCGUCCUCAGCAAUCUCAGCCUGAGGGCUCUUAUUGGUACUUGAACCCUGGAGAAUAUUCUCCUCCAUCGGCCCCGGAGACCGGUCCGACAACUCCUGAGGGGUAUGCUUAUGGGUGGUCUGGCGCUUUUGCAUCACAUCACCGGUCAUCCACAUAUCAGCUUCCGGCAUUAUCAAAUUAUCAUCACUCUCACCGUGCUUGGCCUGGCGGACAUCCUUGUGGCUGUUCUGUUUGCCAGAGACCUGAUGGGUACAUGAUGGCGAACUUUUGCCAACCCGUCACUGCCUAAGUACUUUUUCCUUUCCUUUUCCUUUUCACUCAAUUCGCAUGGUUUGGUGAUUGGUUCAAAAAUAUUUUUUCCUGGCGAACUCCACUACAUAAAAGUUGGUUUUUCCGAUCGUCAACUGCUAGAGACAAUGGAUGCAUGCUUUGUUUUUGUGUUUCCUUGUUCCCUGCUAGUCUUGGCUUUUCACUAACUUCGGUAUACUUGUUUUUAUAUCUGCCGGACUUACCUGUAUUUUGUUUUCCUUUAUCUUUUCUUUUCUUGAACUAUAUGUUAAAAGGGAAGAUGGGCUGCGUUUUCUUCUUUCUUUAAUUCUUUCGAAGGGAUACAAUUUUCCCUUCUCAUCAGUCCGACUGGGUUCGAGUAGUGUUCAGUAUUCAUUUGUUUUACGAUGGGAAAGGAAAAUGGUCAUGGGUUGGGGUUUCUUCUUUACUGGUAGUGCUACAUUCUCGGGUUUAUCCCUUUUUUACCAUUCCUUUGCGUUUCUUUUAUUUACGAUCAUUCUUUUCUUUAUUGUCUGGGUGAUUUUCUGUAUUCUUUUCUUUUUUAGACCGUGAUUCCUAUUUUUUUCUUCAGUUCUUGGUUCACAUUUUUGCAUUUUGAUUUCAUCCUAAUGUUCCCUUUGGCUAUUUCUUUUGUUUUAUAAUUCUCGUGGCCUGGUUCCUAUCCUUUUCACAUGGCCUUCGGGAAUUAUCCGGUUGGUGGGUUCGAUUGCUUGUUACGAUAAUGACGCCGUAGUUUCGUUUCUGAAAGGGGUGUUUGUGGCUUUUUUUACUUUUUUCUCCAUAUUUUUUUCUUCCCCCUUCCAACUCUACACUGUGCACCCGGGUUAAUAGGUACUUGCUUGUAGCAGUAGCUAGUGGCGAUGAACCAAACCAAUCUUGGGCUGGAAUUGGAGGGUGAUAUUUUAGUCCAGUCUAGGACACUUGUGGAUAAAUCAUACUUUUUUCCUUACCUUUUUUCUUUUUUUUCUAUACAAAUUCACUUGUGCAUGUUUCGGGAACGGGGUGAGGAGUGAGGGAACCAAGAAAACUGAAAUUUCUCACCAA